AUGCUGCCUCCCAUGGCCCUCCCCAGCAUGUCCUGGAUGCUGCUCUCCUGCCUGAUGCUCCUAUCUCAGGUCCAAGGUGAAGAAUCCCAGAAGAAACUGCCUUCUCCACGACUCAGCUGUCCCAAAGGCUCCAACGCCUAUGGCUUCCACUGCUAUGCCUUGUUUAUGACACCAAAAUCCUGGAUGGAUGCAGAUAUGGCCUGCCAGAAGCGGCCCUCGGGACACCUUGUGUCUGUGCUGAGUGGAGCUGAGGCAUCCUUCGUGGCUUCCCUGGUUAAGAACACUGUGAACACCUACUCAUAUGUCUGGAUUGGGCUCCAUGACCCCACGCAGGGCUAUGAACCCAAUGCAGGUGGAUGGGAGUGGAGUAGCACUGAUGUGCUGCAUUACUCUGCCUGGGAGAAAGAUCCUGCCAUCAUCUCAAACCCUGGCUACUGUGCGAGUCUGUCACGAAGCACAGGAUAUCUGAAAUGGAAAGACUAUAACUGUGAUGUGAAGUUACCCUAUGUCUGCAAGUUUGAGGACUAG